AAGACAAGCAGUAAGACAAGCAAUUGCUUAGUUAAUUACAGAAUCGUAUAUUUUUGCAGUUUUGGUGGUAGUUCAAAAUUGCAUAUAAACGUUUUAGUCUAGGCCAUUAUACAAUAUUAUGGUUGUUAAUAAAAAGGAGCCUCAACAUUGGGAGAUGACUGAAACAUGUUUCUCUUGCUUUUUGUAUUCCUCUUGUCUGACUAAGUUAGAGUUAGCUAUUUUUUUUCUUUCCUCUUUAAACCAGAUUCUAGCAACAUUUCACUACAACAGAUUGUGUGACGUCUUGUAAAUUUUGUUCUUUAUUUGCCACACUCAAUGUCAGACCCCUCUUGUCUCCUCUGUCUCUGUUUGUGUGUGUCUGUGUGCAUGUGUGUAUGUGAACAAGUUUAUGGCUUUGCUCCAUGUUUGCAUGCUGAUCAGUAUGAGCUUGCUUGCAGGAGGUCAGCAUGCACAGGGCUCUGAAGGACAGAUUAGUUCUCUUUGUGCUGAGUGAAGUGGUAUACCCUUUUGAUCAUUCAGAUUUAUAAUUAAGCUAUAUGCUAAAGUAUUUCAAAGCUGCUUGUUUUUCUUUUUUUUUUUUCUUCAAAUUAUGAAAUGUGACUAACCUAAGCCUGUAAUGGCCCACAGCAUGACUUGAAAUUUUGGCAGGCUACAUUGCUCUACACCUCAUUUGUGAACAUGACAAAUAGUCUGUGCUAUUGUAAUCCGCUGUAAAGGGUGACUGCCAUUAGAGCUCCUAUUGCUGUGGUUGCCAAGAGAUCAUUUUUGUCUCUGUGUCAUUUUCUGUUUUAUAUUGUAAGAGUAAAAAUUUAGAAACAGCCUCGAUUCUUGUUGGAAACAUUCCUUUAAGAUUCUGGUCUGACAUGAUUGCAUCACACAAUUCCUGCAGAUUUUUCAGGUGCACUUUCAUGGUGCGAAUCUCCUGUUCUACUUCAUCCCAAAGGUGUUCUACUGGAUUCAGAUCCGGUGACUGGGAAGGCCACUGAAGAACACUGAACUCAUUGUCGUGUUCAUGAAACCAAUUUGAGAUGACUUUUGCUUUGUGACAUGGUGCAAUAUCAUGCUGGAAGUAGCCAUUAGAAGAUGGUAAAUUGGGAUGCACUUGGUCAGCAACAAUACUCAAAUAGGCUGUGGCAUUCAAGCUAUGAUUAAUUGGUAUUAACAGGCCCAAAGUGUGCCAAGAAAACAUUCCCCACACCAUUACACCACCUCCACCAGCCUGGACUGUUGACACAAGGCAGGUUGGGUCCAUGGAUUCAUUCUGUUGGUGCCAAAUUCUGACCCUCCCAUCUGUUCAUCAGACCAGGCUAUGUUUUUUUCAGUCUUCAACUGUCCAGUUUUGGUGAGUCUGUGCCCACUGCAGCCACAGUUCUGUUCUUGGCUGACAGAAGUGGAAUCGGAUGUGGUCUUCUGCUGUUGUAGCCCAUCCACCUCAAGGUUCGAUGGCUUGGGUAUUCUGAGAUGCUUUUCUGCUCACCACAAUUGUACAGAGUGGUUAUCCGUGUUACUGUAGCCUUUUUUGUCAGCUCGAACCAGUCUGGCCAUUCUCUGUUGACUUCUCUCAUCAACAAGUCAUUUCCUCCAUUACUCAGCCUGUCUGGCACCAACAAUCAUACCACAGUCAAAAUCACUGAGAUCACAUUUUUUCCGCAUUCUGAUGGUUGAUGUGAACAUUACCCAAAGCUGCUGGCCCGUAUCUGCCUCAUUUUAUGCAUUGUACUGCUGCCACAUGAUUGGCUGAUUAGAUAAUUGCAUGAAUGAGUAGGUGUACAGGUGGUCUUAAUAAAGUGCUAGGUUAGUGUAUAUUUUAGCUGUACGUAGCAAAGUAUUUAGGAACAUCCAACUAUUCCUUCUAGGGUUCAUUUUCAUUUUGAAUUCAUUUCAACUCUUAACAACUCUGCUGUUCUAGGCCUGGGCCAUUUUUAUGGAGGAACAAGUGGUAUGCAAUCAGGGACACAAGCUCACUUUCUAUGAACACAGAAGAAAAUGACUGUUUACAUACAUUUCUAGCACACACAGCACUAGCUCCAGCUUUUUGUUAGCACAGUUGGGUGUCUUUUGUCUUCUGUGCGGUCACAAGACCGGAGCAGAAGGAAGGAAAGGGAGGGAGGGAGAGAGACAGGACACCAGAGAGAAACUCUCAAAGAGCCUGAGCUGUGUUUUCUUUACCAUCUGUCUGCUUCUUUUAUGAGUGAAAAAGACUCUUGCAUUAUGACAACAGGGGAAGAUAAGAACUUUGAUGAUGAGGACUCUGUGGAUGGAGGCAGGUCCUCCUCUUCCACUUCAUCGAAAGGUUUCUCCAGCAGCAGGCGUGGAGGAAACAUGGGCUCAAUGAGACGACCCAGUUCUGCCUCAGCACCCAGAGCUGCAGGCAAAGAGGGAGCCAGUGCUGGAGCUGUCGACGAGGAAGACUUUAUUAAGACGUUUGAAGAUGUCCCUUCUGUGCAGAUCUAUUCCAGUAGAGAACUGGAAGACUCCGUGGCUAAGAUCCGUGAGGUCUUGUCAGAUGAUAAACAUGACUGGGAGCACAGAGUGACUGCUCUGAAGAAAGUACGCUCACUGCUCCUGGCAGGAGCUGCAGAACACGAGGGUUUCCUUCAACAGCUCCGACUUUUGGAAGGUGCCUUCAAGCUCUCUGCGAAAGACUUGCGCUCCCAAGUGGUUCGGGAGGCCUGUAUCACUCUUGGACAUAUAUCCUCAGUGUUGGGGAACAAAUUUGACCAUGGAGCAGAGGCCAUCAUGCCCACACUGCUCAAUCUCGUGCCUAACAGCGCCAAAGUCAUGGCCACAUCAGGCGUGGCUGCUAUUCGUCUUAUUUUACGGCGUACACACUAUCCUCGUCUUAUCCCAAUCAUCACCAGUAACUGCACAUCUAAAUCGGUGGCUGUUCGAAGACGGUGUUAUGAAUUUCUAGAUCUUUUGUUGCAAGAAUGGCAGACUCAUACAUUAGAGAGGCAUGUUGCAGUUCUCACUGAGACCAUCAAGAAAGGAAUUCAUGAUGCUGACUCAGAGGCCAGAUCUAUAGCCAGAAAAUGUUACUGGGGAUUUCACGGUCACUACAGCCGAGAGGCAGAGCACCUGUUUCAGUCUCUGGAGUCAACUUAUCAGAAGGCCAUUCAAUCUUACUUGAAGAGUUCUGACAGCAUAGUGUCACUGCCUCAGUCUGACCGUUCCUCCUCCAGCUCUCAGGAGAGCCUCAAUCGACCACUGUCUGUGAGGAGUGUGAUUGGAGGAAGCAUGACCAGAAGUAAGGUGGUGAGCUCCAGAGCACCGUCCACCCCUGGCUCACUCCAGCGCUCUCGCAGUGACAUUGAUGUGAAUGCUGCUGCCAGUGCCAAGUCCCGGAUGCCCGCUGUGCCCUCUGUUCCCUCUCCUUCCCCCUUCAGCUCAGCUGCAGCCCUUCCCCCAGGAUCCUAUGCUUCCCUGGAUGGUACACCUGGUAAAGUAGAUGGUCGUGUGCGCACCAGAAGGCAGAGCUCUGGAAGUGCUGUUGGUGCAAACACUACAGUAACAGACAGCCGAGGUCGAAGCAGAGCUAAAGUGGUGUCUCAGUCCCAGCGAUCCAGAUCAGCUAACCCUACUGGUGCUGGCAGCCGUUCUAGUUCCCCAGGAAAGCUGCUGGGUCACACGUAUGGCAGAGUCCCGCGUACCACAGCCAUGGCUUCUACACCCUCAGACAAACGAGCAAGGGUCCCGAGAAGCCAGGGCUGCAGCCGAGAGACCAGCCCAAGCAGACUGGGCAUAGCUGAGCUGUGUGGUAAAGCUCUUCUUCCUGCUACUUCUCGUUACCGCACGCUAGCCCGGAGCAGUCGCAUCCCACGCCCCAGCAUGAGUCAGGGCUGCAGCCGUGACACAAGUCGCGAGAGCAGCCGCGAUACCAGCCCUGCUCGGGGUUUCACUCCUCUGGCUUCCCGACGCCACUCUCGCUCAACCAGUGCGCUGUCCACGGCCGAGUCCGUGGCCCAGUCAGAUCGAUUUGGGUUAAUCCACCAAGCCCGUAUUUCUGCCUCUGUCAAUGCCAUGAGAGUUCUGAACACGGGGACAGAGGUUGAGGCAGCUGUGGCUGAUGCUUUGCUGUUAGGAGACUCCAGGAAUAAGCGUAAACCUAUGAGAAGACGGUACGAGUCUCCAGGGAUGUACUCAGAUGACGAUGCUAACAGCGAUGCAUCCAGUGCAUGCUCUGAGCGCUCAUAUGGAUCCCGUAAUGGAGGGAUUCCACACUACUUACGGCAGACAGAGGAUGUUGCUGAGGUGCUUAACCACUGUGCCAGCUCCAACUGGUCUGAGAGGAAGGAAGGACUCCUGGGCUUACAAAACUUACUUAAGAGCCAGCGUGUCCUUAGCCGAGUGGAGAUGAAAAGAUUAUGUGAGAUCUUCACGAGGAUGUUUGCAGAUCCCCAUAGCAAGGUGUUCAGCAUGUUCCUGGAGACUCUGGUAGACUUCAUCACUGUUCAUAAAGAGGACCUUCAGGACUGGCUUUUUGUCCUGCUCACUCAGCUCCUAAAGAAGAUGGGAGCUGAUCUCCUGGGUUCAGUUCAGGCCAAAGUCCAAAAGGCUCUAGAUGUCACUCGUGAGUCUUUCCCAUUCGACCAACAGUUCAAUAUCCUUAUGAGGUUUAUUGUUGAUCAAACGCAAACUCCCAACUUGAAGGUUAAAGUGGCCAUCCUGAAGUACAUUGAGUCCCUGGCAAGGCAGAUGGACCCUGCAGACUUCCAGAAUUCCAGUGAGACAAGAUUAGCUGUGUCCCGUAUCAUAACCUGGACCACAGAACCCAAAAGCUCUGAUGUCAGGAAGACCCUUCAUAACUGGGCGACUGAGGAGUUUUCAGGCAGGCCAAGCACUACAGCCGUGCUGCCCGGAGAGGGUAAUCUGGAGGAAAGGUGUAAGCAGGCUGCCCAGGUAGUACUGAUCUCUCUCUUUGAGCUGAACACGCCUGAGUUCACCAUGCUUCUUGGUGCUCUGCCCAAAACAUUCCAGGAUGGAGCCACCAAGCUCCUCCAUACCCACCUGAAGAACUCCAGCAGCACCAGUGGAGUGAGUUCUCCCAGCAACACAAUUGGCCGUACACCACCCAGGCAUCCAUCCAGCAGGACGAGCCCCCUCACUUCUCCCACUAACUCUUCUCACACUGGCCUUUCACCAAGUCGGUUGUGGGGUUGGAGUGUCGAUGGGUUCUCAAAGCACCCAGCACCUCCUCUACCUCCUCCAUCUCAGCCCUCAGUCCCUGCCCCCUCCCUCAGGGCCCUCCGCUGCGCAUUCUCCCCCAGUAUGCUGGAGUAUGACACAGAGAAUAUGAACUCUGAUGAAAUCUACAGUUCACUGCGUGGCGUUACAGAGGCCAUCCAGAGCUUUAGAUAUCGCAGUGAGGAGGACCUCAAUGAGCCAAUCAGACGUGAAUUCAAGAAGGAUGAUGGGGUUGGCAGGGAGACUGCAUCACCUGGGUCAGAUUCUCGGUUAGGUUUGGAUAUAGUCGAGGGAGGACGCACUGCCUUGGAUAACAAGACAUCUCUGCUCAACACACCCUCUCCACGCUCUUUUGCUGGGCCAAGGACGCGAGAGUUUGCACCAUAUGGCUAUGGAGACACCAUUGGUGGUUAUGAUAAGAGUGCUUUGAAAGAGGCUGUCUUUGAUGAUGACGUGGAACAGUUCCGUGAUUGCCGUCGGCAGGAGUGCAGUGAGAACAAGAUGGUGCUCUCCAAGGGCUUUGCUCCUGACCUGGUGGCAGACCUGCUGAAAGAACUGUCCAAUCACAAUGAGAGAGUAGAGGAGAGAAAAGGGGCACUGGUGGAACUGCUGAAGAUCACCCGAGAAGACAGCCUAGCUGUGUGGGACGAGCAUUUUAAAACCAUCCUACUGCUGCUCCUGGAGACACUUGGAGACAAAGAUCACACUAUUCGAGCUAUGGCUCUGCGUGUUCUAAAAGAAAUCCUAAGGAUUCAACCAGCCCGCUUCAAGAACUAUGCAGAACUCACCAUCAUGAAGACAUUAGAGGCACACAAAGACUCUCACAAGGAGGUGGUAAGAGCUGCUGAAGAGUCUGCAUCCACACUGGCUGGCUCCAUCCACCCUGAGCAGUGCAUCAAGGUGCUGUGUCCCAUUGUGCAGACUGCAGACUACCCCAUCAACCUGGCAGCUAUUAAAAUGCAGACAAAAGUUGUUGAACGAAUUGCCAAGGAUUCUCUUCAUCAGCUGCUGCCAGACAUUAUUCCUGGCCUCUUACAAGGCUAUGACAACACAGAAAGCAGUGUUCGCAAGGCCAGCGUCUUCUGCCUGGUGGCAAUCUACUCUGUCAUCGGUGAGGAGCUCAAGCCCCACCUGGCGCAGCUCACGGGCAGUAAGAUGAAGUUGCUAAACCUGUAUAUCAAGAGAGCCCAGACGACCAACAGCAACAGCAGUAGCUCGUCCGACGUGUCCUCUCACAGCUAAUGCAGAAGGCGUGCUCAUCAAUGCCCUGCACUCAAUAGUGGGCUCUUAGUUGUGCCUCCUUCAGACCGUUUUGUUCCUCUUUAAUGUUUAUUUUUUUCUGGAUAUUUCCAACACUUUUUGCCCAUUUCCAUCAGUAUUCCUUUUCAUUUCCGGUUUCCUGAUUCAUUUCCCGAAUGGAAAUAAAUAGUUUGAAAAUUUCUUUACAGUGGGUUAUAGGGAUCACAUCAUCAGAUUUCUUUUUUGACUUGUACCAGUUACUUUUUUUUUUAAUGAAAUUACUUGAUAUUUAACAUUAAUAAUGUAAUAAUGUGGUCUUUUUUUUUUUUCAAAUCUACAGUGUUUGAGAUUUUGACAUUGUUUUAAAUGGGGAACAGUCGUGUAGUUUAAAUAUGUCACUUGAAUCUGAGUUAGUGGAGGAUCAUUUGGCUGGCCGAGUGAUUUAAAUGUGAUUGAAAAGAUCAAGUGUCAUUUUAAGGUUAAGCUAAAAUGACAUCCAAAAAUGUAGGACUAAGUGUAUAAAUUUAUUUAAAUUUGUAUUUAAAUAGAAUGACAUGCCACCAGAUCUGCACACCCUGUAACACAGAAAAGGAUCUAAAAUGUAUCCUUUAUGUUUGUAAUUGAAGGCUGUUUUAAAGUCUAUGGAUUUGUAUUAUUAUGAGUUGCUUUACUUUGUAAGGAUGUCAAAUAGCUUUUUUUUUGGUUUGUUUUACAGUAUGUUUUACCCUGCCAUAAUGGCACAAAUCAACAAGAACAAGGACAAACUACUGAGUGUAUAUUCCACCCAGGAUUUUGUGAAUUCAGUGCAAAUUUUGCUUCAAAUUCACAGUUAAGAGCCAUGCUAAAAAAUUUUUUUGCAUUGAAAAUUCCAUGAAACCUCCAAUCUGUCCAGUGUCAGACACAGUUACUACAGAACUAAAGUUCCUGACCUGCUCAUGUCAGUUAUUUUUGCAGUAAUUCCACAAUGCAAGUAGAUAGGGUUCACUGUACAUCUUAAGUAACAGGCUGUUGGUUGGACUAAACACACUCAGCAACUCUAAGGUAGUCCAGGAAAUUCCUGGACUACCUUAAUUAACAUAACAAUUAUCUUCCCCUUCGCAGAGUUUGUAAAGAUCAUUGCAAAAUUCUGGUUGGACUGCUACAUGAACACAUGCUGAAGCCCCAAUUUUCAAGAAAAUGACAAUCUAAAUGAAAAUAUAAAAUGUAAAUUAUUAAUCAUUUGAAAGUUGUAAAAUGCUUAAAACAAUUAUUUGUUGUCAUACAUGAAAGCUUACAGGUGCUUCAGUUUACUGCAUUGAAAGAAAUAUGAUCUGGAGCAUCUUGAGUCAAAAACACUGAAUGAAUGGUGAACGACUCCUGAACCACAAUCCCACCCAGACCCAGGUCUAUACUGAUCCUGCUGCUUAAUGAAGACUUUGCUCAAAUGUGUAGAUGCUAACAAAUAUUGUGUAAAUGGCAGUAAUUCCUGCUUUGAAGGACAAUAGAAUGGUGGCAGAAGCUUCAAACACUACCAUGCUUAUUGUUUAGUUUUCUCAUAUUAUGUUUUGGCCACUCUGACUAUUGGUUUUAUGUGUGCACUCUGAUUUAAAUGUGAAAAGAUGUGAAAAGUGCUAUAGAUACAGUGCAUGUGUCUAUAGACUAUGUGAAAUCCCUCUAAAUUGGCAUAAAUUAAUAAUAGAUGCAUUGUCUAAUGGCUGAACCUUUUACCAGUUUCUUCUGCAGCUUUUGCUAUCAGAUGCUUUUUGUACAUAAGUUGUUAUAAACAAACAAACAAAAAAAAGCAAAAAAUUAUGGGGUUUUGCACUCUUUUGCACGUUAGCAAAUAGCCUGCAUGUUUUGGAACACACCCAUCUUGCACUGCAGUGAUUGGCCUUGGUGUUACAUUUUUUGAGAUCUUACCUCCUCGGUCCUGUAGUCAGUCUGUAAAUACAGUAUUAAUGCUUUCCCCAAGCAAGGAGGAAUCCAAGUACAAAACUUAAACAGGGCUUAAUGAGGUGACCAAAAUAUCAUAUGUCUGUCUCUCCAUAAACAAGUUCAUUGUAAACUUUGGGUGAAAGCAUCUUAGUUUUCAAAUCAUACUACAUAUUGGGGAUUGGGGCUUUUGCGAAGGUACACUAUGUGUGCCUGCCUUGGUAAUAUCCAGCUUUUUUUUUUGUAGGGUGGCCAUGUACUGAUGAUGGCCUGACAUGGAAGACUCUUUCAUAUUGUUUGAAUUAGGUCCAAUUUAAAACCGAGCCAACUUUGAGGGAAAACACAAGUAUUAGUUGAUGAGUGGGUCUUUAAUAAUCUGUGUAAAUGUGGGGCCACAAAAAGUAUUCCAACAAAUUGUUUUCUGCACGUGUUAUAACUUUGUAUUUGUCAUGUAACACUAAUAUCUGUAUUUAUACAUUUAAUUUUCUUUUAUCAUGACGACUGUACAGUUGUUUUUUUUUUUCUUUUUUAAGGGCCAUGUGUGAUAGAUUUGCAACCUGAACCUGUUUGCCCUAAAAUAAAUCUGAAACCCUGACAGUAA